CCUUUCUCUCCAACCAAAAGGAAUGCACAAUAACAAGUCCGUAGUCCACCCUAGAAAAGACAGAACCCUCGUCUCUCUCCCUUGGAAAACGCCUUCAAUUUUCAAACAUCAACCCAACGAGCCCUCACUGUUUACUCUCUCUCUUCUUCCUUUAAAAGUUUACAAAGCAAAGUGUCUAACUUUCCCUAGGGUUCAACUGAUAGCCCUUGUUCCAAGAAUCCAUUUUUAUUCUUUGAUUCUUCAAUUUCUUGAUCAAAUUUUUUUCAUGGGUUUGAUCCGAUUUCAGUCUUUCGCAAAUCCCAUCAGAAUUACACUGAAAAAAAGUUACUGAUAUAUUUUUAUUUCGGUUUCUGGAUCAACAAUCCUGUUGAUCCAUCAAUGGAAUUGUUAUCUGAUGAAAUCAAAUCAAUAUCCCCAAGUUUUUGAAUCCAUAAAUGAAACCCAGAUCGUCAUUAAUCCGCAGCUCGUCGAUUUCAGAUAGCGCUGGGGGAUUAUCGUGCGUGCCAUUAUCAGCAGCAUCAUCAUCAAUGGCGGCGCCGAGGAGUGUGGUGGUUGAUGCUGGCAGUGUCGGCGUUGGAGUCGGAGGAGGGAGGGUGAGGGAUGAGGAGAAGAGUUUUGGGGAUUAUACUUCAGCGAUGGCGGGGGAUUCGCCCACCGGCAAGAAGGGUAAAAUAGGGGAAGGGGUGAUUUUUCCGUUAUCCCGGUGGGAAGUCAUGGCAGGGUUGGGUGUAUUUCUGUUGUUUUCCGUUGGAUUGGGUUGUAUUUACCUGACAAUGCCAGUUGCCGACUAUAGUAAGCUCAAGCUGCCUCGGACCCUUUCUGAUCUUCGGAUGCUCAAAGAUCAUCUUGCGACAUAUGCUAGUGUUUACCCAGCACAAUUCAUCCUUGGUUACUGCUCGAUAUAUAUCUUCAUGCAGACAUUCAUGAUCCCUGGGACAAUCUUCAUGUCCUUACUUGCUGGAGCACUUUUUGGUGUUAUCAGGGGCCUUUUCUUGGUUGUCUUUAAUGCCACUGCCGGGGCAUCAUCCUGCUAUUUUCUGUCUAAGCUAGUCGGAAGGCCUAUAGUUAAUUGGCUUUGGCCUGAGAAAUUGAGAUUUUUCCAGGCAGAGAUAGCAAAACGCAGAGACAAGUUGCUUAAUUAUAUGUUGUUUUUGAGAGUAACUCCAACCCUGCCAAACCUUUUUAUCAACCUGGCCUCACCCAUUGUUGAUAUACCAUUUCAUAUCUUUUUUCUGGCUACUGUGGUGGGUCUGAUUCCAGCUUCUUACAUUACUGUCAGAGCUGGCCUUGCACUUGGGGAGUUGAAGUCAGUUAAAGAUUUGUAUGAUUUCAAAACUUUAUCUGUUCUUUUCCUCAUUGGAUCGGUGGCCAUAAUUCCAACCUUUUUGAAGAGGAAGCGAGUCUAUGAAUAGAGAUUCUUGUUUCCACCUACCCGUCUUUUUGAGGGAAUGAAACUGGUGACAGGGUAUGAUCUGACUGGUAUACCAUUUUAAAAAGUUGGGGAACAGAGGUGCGAGUCCUUGUUAACUGCAAUGCACCUGAAGGUUAGAAGUGGGUUCGCUUCACUUGCGAUUUGCAGUCAAUCACAGCUUUAAGCAUCAAAAGAAGUGCUGAUUUAGUUGAUUUCGCAUACUAUUGGCUCACCUGUCUUCCUGGGGGUUUAUGAGGCCAACAAGCUGAAAUAUAACCAAUUGCUAACUACUUUUGUAUUCCAAUAUCAGCAUAGUCAUUUGUUAGGCAAAAGUAAUGUUGUAAUUUCCUUUCCGGGUAUUUCCUUCCCUACGUCUUACUUGUUCCUUACUUUGUUACGUGUGUACCAUGUUAGGAUCCUAUUGGAUUGGACAUAGUUGAAGAUAAUAGCUCUGUUUGGAUCAUUCUUUUCCGAA